AUGGUUCCCAAGACUCAAAAGGCUCUUCUCGUCACCGAGGUCGGCAAGCCUCUCGUCCUCAAGACAGAUCAUCCAGUCCCUCAACCAGGCCUAGGACAGGUCCUCGUGCGUGUCACCGUGGCUGGGCCGAACCCGCACGACGAAAAAGCCCGCGACCGCGGCCUCUUCAUCGCCGAGAACUUACCCGCUAUCCUCACUAACGACAUCGUGGGCGAAGUCGUCGCCCUCGGUCCGAAUGUGACAAAAUACGCCAUCGGCGACCACGUCGUCGGACAUGCUGGCUUCGACAAUAGUUAUGCCCAGAACGGGUUCCAAGAGUACGCUGUCUUCGACGUCGACUUCUCGGCCAAGAUCCCCGAAGGAUUCACAGAUGAUGACGGGGCGACGUUGCCGACCAACGUCAUUGCUCCCCUUGUUGCGCUCUUUCAUGCCUCGACGCUGGCGAUUCCUGCUCCCUGGACUCCUGCCGCGUCAAACUUUGACUAUAAGGGCACCACGCUGCUUGUCAUGGGCGGAGGGAGCAGCUGCGGAAGGUUCGGCGUUCAACUCGCCGCGUUUGCUGGGAUCGGACGCAUUGUCGUGGUCGGCGGCGACGAGGCCGAGUUGAGGUCCUACGGCGCCACGCAUAUCAUUGACCGCCACGCCUCCCCAGAAGAACUCACCAAGCGGAUCCGCGACGUCGUCGGCGACGAGCUUCUGUACGCCUACGACGCCAUCAACCCGCCGGCCACCCAGACCAUCGCCAUCAACGCCCUCUCUUCGACCAAGAAGGGCAAGCUCGCCCGCCUGCUCCCCACGGGGCCGGUCGACGAGUCUCAGGUCCAUGCGAAAAAGGAAGGCUAUGAGUUGCUCAACACCUUUGGCAGUUCGCAGGCCAGGCCGGAUUUGUGCAGGCCCUUCUGGGAACGGGUGCCGCAGUACCUGCUGGAGGGGAAGCUAAAGCCGAGUAAGUACGAGGUGGUCAAGGGGCUGGACGUGGACAAGGCGAACGAGCUGCUGGAUCGAUAUAGGGAUGGCAAGAGGGUGGUAAAGACGCAUUUCCACGUCUCUGAGUAA